GAAACAGGCAGAGACAGCACCAAAUGAAAUCCUUUCAAUAACUGAGUUAAUAUUUAGCUAAGUGUUGUAUUUGCCUACACACCUUUUUAUGGAACAUAGCAGGCUCCUUCUUGAAUUCAGUCUCACGGCAGGCACGGAUUCUGUAAAACCUAGCAGAGAAGAUGGCAGGGGUGAGCAAGUGCCUGAAGUAUUCCAUGUUUGUAUUCAACUUCUUGUUCUGGGUAUGUGGCUGUGUCAUUUUGGGUGUCUCCAUAUAUCUUCGUGUUAGUAAAGAUGCUCAACAGGAACUGAAUAUUGAAGGAAGUGGUAUGCUUUCAGCAAUAGAUGUAAUGAUAGCAGUAGGAUCCAUAAUUAUGGUGCUUGGGUUUUUUGGAUGCUGUGGAGCUAUAAGGGAAAGUCGCUGCCUUCUCAUUCUGUUUUUUAUUGGGCUGCUUUUGAUCCUGGCACUUCAAGUAACAGCAGGAAUUUUGGGAGUUGUCUAUAAACCCAAGAUUGAAGAAAAUAUUAACGGGACAUUGAAAAACCUUAUACCGUUGACUGAUCAACCAAAAAGCUUUCAAAAUGCCUUAGAAACCAUCCAGAAAGACAGCAAGUGCUGUGGCAUUGUUCAUGGUCGGUCAGAUUGGGGUUCUAGUGUUCCAAGCUCUUGUAGUUGCGUUCAACUACAGGAACCAAGUUUAUGCACAUCUGGUUACUAUAAACAGACAUGUUCAUCUGCCAUCGUUGAGUACUUUAAAAAUCAUCUCGUAAUCAUUAUUGGAAUAGCAUUUGGAUUGGCAGCUGUGGAGCUUUUCGGUCUCGGUUUUUCCAUGACAUUGUAUUGCCAGAUAGGCAAAAAAUAAGGAGACAAAGUGAAACAUACAAAGAAGUCCAACGGAACACCCCAGAAAUGACUUCCUUCUGUUCUUUAUAAUUGUUUCAUGAUUAAUCCAAUAUGCAGUGGUAAAAUGUGAUGUGGGUAUUCAGUCAAUAUGUUGUCAUUUACUAUGUCAACAGCCAUAAGGUCGCCACCAGAAUGUUGACUGUUAUGAUGUCAACAUUGUUAAAAUGUUGACAUAUAAUAUAUGAACAUCUUCAGAAUGUAGACACGCUUAAAGUGUUGACAGAUGACAUUUCUACGUAGUCAAAAUGUUGACAAUAGAAAUGUUAGGGUUAAAAUUGCUUGUUGACAUGCGAUAAUUGUCAUUGUUAACAUGCUGUAUAUUGACCAAGUCGACAUCAUGCUGUCUACAUGGUGAAUGUCGACAAAACAUACUGAUCCCAUGAUGUGUUGCUAGGCUUAACAAGAUUACUAUUCAGCAGUCACUCACUACACAAGUUUAGGUGCCUAUAUACCUGUGUCUGAAAUAUGGUGCAAUGUUAGUUAAUAGUUUCACUACAUCAAUUUUAUAGGUGUAUCACCUCUAUUAGUUGUUUAUUGUAUUGAGAAAUACUGUCGACCAAAACUAACUUUUCUGCAAGAAGUUCUCCCACAUUUUAAAAAUCCAAUAUUGUACUAUUCCAGUCAGUAGGGCAUAAAGGUGUGCAUAUUCUACCAAGCCAAGUUACUAUGGUUUAGUUUUGAUUACAAACUUCAGUUGUGUUUAUUCACUAUGAAACAUACAGUAAUAAAGCAAAUUCUACAGAUCCAUUUAAAAAAAAAAGCCUAUUGUAAAGUUUUGUUUCUUUUUAAAAUGCAUUGGGCCAGAUGUACUAAGCCUUGAAAAGUGAUAAAUAUCACGGUGAUAAAGUACCAGCCAAUCGGCUCCUAACCAUAGGCGUGCGCAGGGGGGGUGCCUGGUGCGCACAGGCACCCCCUAAUGUCCGGCACCCACCGCACACACGCCUGCUGCUGCUGCAGUGAUGGGCGAUCCCUAUAGCACCAUUCCUGUGUCACCACCCGCUGCGCCCGCCGCCCGGUCUGCCCGCCAGCUGUCUGGACACCUGAGAUUGGUUCAUCGUUUAUUUGCAUGGGUGCAGCGUCGCUGACAAAAUCCUCCUCCCGACUCCGCCUAACUGUGCGAUGUGACAUGAUGCUCCCGCCCGCAUCUCUCACUCGUUGCAUUCCAUGCCACAUUGACGCCACAGCCCGCAGUGUUCCUCUUAGGAGAAGAGAAGGAGGACUGGGGGACAAAUUCAAAUCCAAAUCAAUGAUGACAGUUUGAGUGACAGUAAGCUAUAAUAACUUUAAGUAAACUGCUGCAGCUGAGUUUGCUCAUGCAAGGGAAAGAGAGGGGGCAGCCAGGGGGAUAUACAGUACAGUAUAUUAUUAUUAAUAAUAAUGUAUUAUUAUUAUUACAUAUAUUACACAGUAUAUUAUAUUACACAGUAUACUAUAUGAUACAGUAUAUAAUAUUCUGUGUAAUAUAAGUAAUAAUAAUAAUAAUAAUAAUAUAUUAAUAAUAAUAAUAAUAAUAAUAAUAUAUAUUUUGAGUGAUUAGUUAAUAAUCCAUGGUAAUAAAAUAUACAAAUUUAACAUACAUGAAACAGAUGUUAUAUAUAUAUAUAUAUAUAUAUAUAUAUACGUGUGUGUGUGUGAGUGUGUGUGUGUGUGUGUGUGUGCGCGCAUCAGUAUAUUGUAUAUAUUCAUGUGUAUCUCUCUCUCUCUCUAUACAUAUGUACACAUUUACUUCCACGUUCCACCACUUUGUAUUAGUUGUGUAGGAGGCAAUGGCAUAGAUUUUUUUUCAUACCCAUUGUCCAGGUACACAUAUUUACCCCUACCACCUGUAUAUGGUAUUUGAAUGUAUUAAUAAGCUCAGACAAGGACAGGGAUUCUGUAAAGGAGGCCAUCCCUGUGAUGUGCUCAGUGAGCUUGUGGGGGGGGGGGGGG